AUGACCUCACAAACAUUGAAGAUCGCGGUUAUUCCAGGAGAUGGCAUCGGCAAAGAGGUGAUGCCGUGGGGUGUACGUUGUCUCGAAGCAGCCGCCAAAGUUUUCAAUCUCUCGUUACAGUUUGAGAAUUUCGACUUUGCGAGCUGUGACUAUUACCAGAAGCAUGGCGAAAUGAUGCCGCCCGAUUGGAAAGAGAAGCUCCUCCAAUUCGACGCCAUCUACUUUGGCGCAGUCGGCAUGCCAGAUCUCGUCGCCGACGACGUCUCACUUUGGGGGAGCUUGCUCAAGUUCCGCCGCGAGUUCGAUCAAUACAUCAAUCUACGUCCAUGUCGUUUGAUGCCUGGUGUGAAAUCGCCAUUGGCCAACCGCAAGCCUGGUGACAUUGACUUCUGGAUCGUCCGUGAAAAUACGGAGGGCGAAUACAGCAGUAUCGGCGGCAAAAUUUUUGAAGGAACAGAACGAGAGACUGUGAUUCAGGAGACGGUAAUGACAAGAGUGGGCGUCGACAGGGUCCUUCGUUAUGCGUUCGACCUUGCUAAGAGCCGACCUCGCCAAAAGCUCACCAGUGCUACCAAGAGCAACGGCAUUAAGAUUACCAUGCCAUACUGGGAUGCCCGUGUGGAGGAGAUGGCAAAGAAUUAUCCAGAAGUCAAGCUUGAAAAGUAUCAUAUCGACAUCUUGACUGCGCACUUCGUACAGCGCCCGAACAUUUUUGACGUGGUCGUUGGAAGUAACCUCUUUGGAGACAUCCUCUCAGAUCUCGGUCCUGCUUGCACGGGAACAAUUGGUAUCGCGCCGUCGGCUAACAUCAAUCCCGAUGGAAAGUUUCCCAGUCUUUUCGAACCUGUUCACGGCAGUGCCCCUGAUAUUUUUGGCAAGGGUAUUGCCAAUCCGGUUGGGAUGAUAUGGGCUGGACAGAUGCUCCUCCAGCACUUCGGACACACGGAUGCCGCCAACCUGGUACUUAAAGCUAUCGAGAAUGUUCUUGCACGCUCCGAAGUCUCUGUAAUGACACCUGACUUGGGAGGCCAAGGCACAACGAACGGGUUUGGCCAGGCAAUCGAAUCAGAGAUAUAUGCUCUGGGUCAGAGUAAGUAA